AUGGCAUCCGCUGCUGCUUCUUCGAUCUCUAACUGCGCCGUCUCUUCCGCCGCGUGCGGCGAAGAGCAACGUCGCGCCCUCCGCGCGUCGCCCCGCGCUUCCCUGCGCCUCUCCGCGCCACUCCGCGCGACUCCCCUCCCCUGCGCGCCUUCCAAAUGCCGCCCGCUCCGCGCGCCGCUUCCGUCGCGGCGACCGGCAGUGCGCGCCGCUGCAGCCGCUGCGGCUCCGGCGGCGGUGGCGGAUGGUGGGCUGCUGACGCGCGUAGCCGUUGCGACGUAUUCGGCGCUCGUGCCGGCCGGGACGGCCGCUAGCAUGGGUCUCACGGAGCUUACGGUGGUGCUGGCCCUCAGAGAGACCAUCCUCGCGCUCGCCACUGCCGCCAUCUUCUUCAAUGCGGCCAAGAUCUGCCGCCUCGUCAACUACGUGUGGGGAACGCUGAUCAUGCGUGACGACGAGGUGACGGAGGAGGAGUUUCAGGACAGCAUGUUCGGUGCGCUCGUGGGGCCGCUGCAGUUCGUGCUCAUCGCCUUCUUCCUCACGCACCACCUGCGCGUGCUGGUGCCGCUGCUGAAGCUGCCCGUGACAGCAGCAAUGGUGGCGAAGGCACGGUUGGUGGCAUGGGUGGCGGCUGCUACGUGGUUCGCGACGGGGUGGAAGGACCGAGUCUUGAAGCUCGUGGCUGCUGCUCACCCCGAGGAUAAGCCCGUGCUGGCGAAUGUGAGCAAGCUGCUGACGCUGCUGCUGCGGGUGGCAGCGGUGGGCACGCUGGCAGAGAUGAUGGGCGUCAGCCUCAAGUCGCUGAUCGCUGUGGGAGGAAUUUCAGGUGUGGCGAUCGGGUUCGCCUCCAAGGAGAUAGUGACCAACUUCUUUGGCGGGCUCAUCCUGUUCCUGACGCAGCCGUUUGUGUUGGGCGACAAGAUCAAGGCGGGCAGCGUCACGGGCCGCGUGCGCGAGAUCGGCUUCCUGCAGACCAAGCUGGAGGCCGACGACAACUCGCCCAUCGUCGUGCCCAACUACAUCUUCAACACCGCUAUUGUGACCAACUACACGCGCGCGGGCUGUCUCGCCCUGGAGGCCACGUUUGUGCUGCGCAACGAGGACAUCAUUCGCAUCCGCCCCAUCACCGAGAAGCUCACCGCCUACCUGCGCGCACACCCACUCGUGGACGUCAGCAAGGGCCCCACGCUGGGCUACCUCAAGAAGCUGUCGGGCACGGGGCUGGAGGUCGGCGUCAUUUGCUACGUGCAGGACAUGGAGGACGAUGAGUACCUGGCGGUGCAGCAGGAGAUUCUGGAGCAGAGUGUGGAGAUCAUAGUGGAGGAGGGCGCCUACCUCGGGGAGAGUGCACCCUUUGAGCCCUCCGUCUCCCUCGCCGCCUAG